AAAGAAACACGGAAUAUAGAAUCGAAGACGAGAACAGACCCAACGAACCCAUCUUCCCGUGGCUGCUGCCCACUUGUCGCUUUGUCUCCCCUAUACAAAUAGGCGCAAUCAUGGCAGAGGAUUUGACAGCCCAGCUCCUCAGCGUCCUAGCAAACAGCGACGGCCCAAUCCUCACGUCCGACGAAUUUCCCAAUGCCUCUUUUGUCUCUGUGAAAUCAGCGGUCGACAAGUUAAGAUCACGGGACUUCAUCCAAGCCGAGCAAGUCGACAGGGUAGAACUUGUGCUCACAAAGGAAGGCCAGGACAUUGCCGACCACGGAAGCAAUGGGGCUCGAGUCUUUGAAGCCGUGCGGGCAUCCUUGGAGGGACUAAAAAUCAAGGAUCUUCCGACCGCUGUGGGAGACGCCAAUGUCGCAAAGUUUGGAUCGGGAGACGCAUUCAAGCAGAAAUGGGUCAAGAAGGAGGGCGACGUGCUCAAGGCCACAGUGGACCAUAUCGAGGACGAUGUACAAAAACAAUUACGAGAGAUCCAAGCCACGCACAAGCUGGACAAUCCGAAGGUAGUGGCGGAUUUCAAGAAGAGGAAGUAUGUGGUGGAUCAAAAGACGAUUGCUUUCAAGGUCUCUAAGGGACCCAAGUUCUCGACAGAGUUUGUCAAGGAGGAGGCCGACUUGACUGCUGAGAUGUUGGCGUCCGGCGCCUGGAAGACGGUGCAGCUCAAACCAUACAACUUCAAGGCCAAAGGCGCCCCUACCCCCGCAGGAGCUCUUCACCCGCUCAACAAGGUGCGGCAAGAGUUUCGGGAGAUUUUCUUCGAGAUGGGCUUCGAAGAGAUGCCGACGAAUCGUUAUGUCGAGACCGGUUUCUGGAAUUUCGAUGCCCUCUUCGUCCCUCAACAACAUCCUGCCCGCGACUUGCAAGACACCUUCUACAUUUCCGACCCUGUGAAAGCGGAUCCGCCCCGAGAAGAUCCCGAGCCCACGGUGCCUGGGGCUAAAUCGACGCCCGCUUCGGCCAACGAGCGGGACAUAGCAGCCGAGAAGAAGUUGGAUUACAAGCAGUACUGGGAUGACGUGCGGGCUGUGCAUGAGAACGGAAAGUUUGGCUCGAUAGGCUACAGAUACCCUUGGUCGCCGGACGAGGCUCUUCGGCUGGUUCUGCGGACGCACACCACUGCCAUUUCGACGUAUAUGCUGCACAAGCUCGCCUUGAAUCCUCGACCCGCCAGAUAUUUCUCCAUCGACCGCGUCUUCCGCAACGAAACUGUCGACCAGACCCAUCUUGCGGAAUUCCACCAGGUCGAAGGUGUCAUUGCCGACUGGGGCUUGACCCUGGGAGGUCUGAUUGGGUUCAUGGAAGUCUUCUUCGGCAAGAUGGGCAUCAAAAACCUAAGGUUCAAGCCUGCAUACAACCCUUACACCGAACCCAGUAUGGAGAUCUUCAGUUACCACGAGGGAUUGAAGAAGUGGGUUGAGAUUGGAAACAGCGGCAUGUUCCGGCCAGAAAUGCUCGAGCCUAUGGGCUUGCCCAAGGACAUGAGGAUAUACGGCUGGGGGUUAAGUUUGGAGAGACCUACCAUGAUCAAGUAUGGUGUGAACAAUAUCCGUGAACUGCUCGGUCACAAAGUCGACCUCAAUUUCAUUGAACAGAAUCCCGCCGUCCGGUUACACAAAGAUUAGAUUAUGCAUGUCUGUUUCUGUCUUGCAACUCGAGAAUCGAGCCAGUUCAAGAAAGACGAAGAGUUCAAGCAUCCAAUUGGCCAUAAACGGAGCAGUCAAGAAGCGUUCUCGACCGGGUAAUCUAGAAAUGAUGAUAGCCCUUCCUCCAUUUUGCUUACGGUGAUUUCCAUGCAUCUUCUUUUCCCCCUUGCAUUAAUCCUUGCUGCUGCUGCUUCUGCUGCUGCUAGCAAUUUCCCUAUGAUUUUUCCAAUCACUCUACCGGCACAUCAAGGCUUCCCCAGACCAUCCACUCCAUGUCCGGGGAAGUAGAGACAAUAUCAAACCCAGCCGAACAUUGAGAAAAUAGCCGCCUUCUGAAGAGCUGUGAUUGAGUCGAGAUUAAGAAUCAGAGCACAGAUACGGGCGGAACAUUACAGUAUCUAUAAUACUAAUACUACAGUGGUGGUGGUGGUGGUGGUGGUGGUGGUGGUGCUGCUGCUGCUGCUGCUGCUGCUGCUGCUGGACUCAAAAUUCAAGACUCAAAAUUCAAUGUAGACCAUGUUAA